GUGCCCCGCGUCUCCUCCCGAGCAGAAGGCGGCGGCAGCAGCAGCAGCAGCAACGGGAGCCGCAUCGGCAGCAGUAGCCGGGGCUUCAUGUAAACACAGCGCUCAGGGCUUUGUUCAACACCCACACACACACCGAGACUCUCCGCUGGUUCAGUCCCCGCUCGUCAUGCCAUGGAUAUUUUGUGGCAAUACCAGUUCAGAAUCAUCCUGCUCGGGGACUCCACCGUGGGCAAGUCGUCGCUGCUGAAGCGCUUUUCGGACGGCAUCUACAGCGAUGUGGCGGAUCCCACGGUCGGGGUAGAUUUCUACGCCCGCUCGAUGGACAUCGAGCCCGGGGUGAAGAUAAAGCUGCAGCUCUGGGACACGGCUGGUCAGGAGCGGUUCAGGUCCAUUACGACUUCAUAUUACCGCAACUCUGUGGGUGGGCUGCUGGUUUUCGAUCUCACCAAUCGCAAAACCUUUGAGCAUGUGAGGGAGUGGCACAAGGAGGUGAGUGAGCACAUCCUACCUCACCACAUGGUCUACAUCCUCAUCGGCCACAAGAGUGACCUCAACAAGGACCGCAAGGUGAGCCGGGACGAGGCAGAGCAGCUGGCGGGCGCCCUAGGCAUCCGCUACGUGGAGACCUCGGCCAAGUGCAACAGCAACGUGGACCGGGCCUUUGAGCUGCUGACCAGAGACAUCUACGAGCUGAUGAAGAUGGGUGAGAUCGUCACCCGCGAUGGAUGGGAUGGUGUGAAGAGCGGCCUCACCGCUAAGGUCCUCUACCCGGCCGAUGAAGAAGAGGAACUGGCCAGGGCGUCCGCUGAAAAGGGCUGCCACUGCUGACUGAGAUCUCUGUGUGUCCAAACACUGUACUGUCACACCCGGAGCUCGCCCUCGCCUCACAGCGGUCCAUCGAGGCUCAGCACCCCAUGAUAACCAUCAUCCAUCACUUCCUACCCUUGUGCUUCAUGCCCUCUCUGUAUGUGGGACGACUGAGAUUCUUUUCAGACAGAGGGGGGGGUCAGUGAACAUCCUGGCGUGUAUUCUAUAAACAAGUUUUGUGUCUAAAUUCAUAUGGUGUAGCCCAAACCAAGCUGUUUCACCCUUUUAGGCCAAAAAACAGAGAAAGCGUGUAGAGGUGAUCAGGUGUUUGGGCUGAGGGUGUAGUCAAUACUCCUUUUCAUAGCACUGGAGAUAAUGUUCUACUGAGCAUACUGACGAUACUAUGGUCGGGCAUCACUCCACCUUCAUGCGGCACAAGUGUUUGGUUUCUACCUGUCAAAGUCUGUGCAACGCUUUGCCUGCAAUCCUAUGUGUCUGUAAUAUUGUAAAUAAUAGUGAAAUCUGUGGAGAUGAAAGCUGAAAGGUCACUAAAAGCUAUUUAUUUAAUAUCGUGAACAGACACAGUGAACUCUAACAAUAAGUGUCACCAUAUGACAUCAAUGUGCUCCCCCCGCUCAUGUAAGCUGUACGUGCACUCACGCCAAAUUGACCUAAAAUUGGGAUCAUUCUGUGAAUACUGGAGUAAUGUUUUGUAAAGAAUAAUAGAGAUUAUUUCUAGUUAAGUUGUACACAUAAAGAUAGGUCAUUGUAAUUAGGAUAGAUGGUCCUAUUUAGGUAUUUGUAUUAUAGCAUCAACAGCAGCAAGACAUCAACAUCCAAAUAAGUGAUCUCGCAGACCUUUUAAUGUGUCAUCAGUAUAAGUGAAGACGUGUUUGAUUAAGAACCAAAAGGAGUUUUCAUUUCACCAACUGUCGUUUGUAGCUUCAACAAACAACCACUUCUUUUAUUCUGAGCUCAUUCAGGCCUGAGGUGGUGAUGAACUCAUUAAAUCGGUGGAUGGAUGUGUUGCUCCCGUUAUGUUGUGUUCCAGAGUUUGUCAGAGAGCAGGAAAUGUGGGUUCAAGUCUAGAGAAAUGUCUCAUCUCCAUGUCAAAGAAAAUAAUGACAAACUGCCGAAGCUAAUAAUGUCUGGGGGUUGAGCCAUGCAGCAAAUAUGCAGAAUCAUGGCUCCUGGUAUGGCAUUUAGCAAGGGACCUUUGUCACAUGUUGUUGCCCCUCUCACUUGUCAUCAGGGCCUUCACAUAAUAGCUCAACAUUUUCAGAAUGACGCUCAUCAAAAUUCUCUCUGAGAGGUAACCGAGAAGUUGAUGUGUUGCCUCAUGUCUGUGUGUGAGGUAAGAAUCUUGAACCAUUAGCGUAGCUUAGCUUGAAAUAGGGGUAAACAGCAAGCCUAGCUGUCUCCAGCCAUUAGAAUAGUUAGCCGCAGUGACAGUUGCCAUGUGUGGUAAAUUGUGCCUGAAAAGACAUAGAAAAACUACACCGGCAUCAAUAAAUAUCUAAAGAAAUGCAACUGUUUCUAAAAUAUAUAGAUUUUUAUGAAUCUGCUUGGGUCCAUAUUAAACAACUGAGAUGAUGUGUUACCUUAGAACUGUCUGAAGGUGUAUAUUUGUCUAGCUUCUGCUGGGAGCAGUUCCCCCUGCUUCAGCCUCUAUGCUAAGCUUGUUAUCAAAAUGUUUGUUCUCAAUCAUGGAAAUGUGACAAAAUCAUCCAUCACAUCAUCACAAAUACAAAUGUGGAAAAGUGCUGUUUACGUUCCUGAAAUUAUUUUGAUAAGCAAGUAAUGGAUGAAGAAGCAUUCAGGCCAUAUUUGACCUCAUUGUUUUUUCGACAAUGAGGUCAUAUUAUUUCAAUUAGUACACCUAAUAUUGCAGGAAUAAAGUCAAAAUAUUAUUCGGGAAUACUAAACUCUAAGUGUAAUUAGAAAAAAGUUGUACAAUUUUAUGAAAAAGAAAGACACAUGGAUUCUUAGCCUAUCUUUUUAAAGUCUGGAUACUUAUGAUAACCUGGUGCUGAUGUUGAAAGUAUUUCAUUAUUUGCGAAACCUAUACUAGAGUAUAACUUAACGUGGUCCACAUUCCACACAGGAGAUUAUGACUUUAUUCUUGUAACAUGACUUUAAUCUCAAAAUCUCCGAUUCCUUUGACGGUCAACUUGCUGAUGAGAGCAUGUCUAUACACGAUUUAAUCGUGCACAUGACAGCAAUAACUUCCUUUAACACAGACGAUGGUGUACGCUCUCAAGUCUCUAGAGUCUCUUUACUGCAUCAUUAAGCUGGUGUUUACGAGCCGACAAUAGACCACAGUCUACUUGGCCUGGGCACUCACCUCUCCUCACACACUUUAAUCACCUUUCACCGGCAUCUUGUGAAAACACCUGUCCACAAACACACUGCAACCAGCAAGAGAUUAUGCAUUCUGUUCGUACUUUGCGUUCAUGUGAUCAAGCUUAUGUUUUUGUCUUGAGUUAAUAAAUGUUGUGUUGGGGGACAGAGUACAUGUAUGACCACUCGUUGGUUGCCGCCUAGUUUUCAUUAAGGAAUGUAUUGUAAAAUAUUUGCACCAUCCCUUUAUUUGAUUUAACUUUUCUGUACAGAUCCACGCUGUAUUCUCUGUUGUCAUGUUAUAGUCAGGUUUAAAUACAAUGUAACCAUAUGUGAUACAUGUUUCUUUGUUUGUUUGACAAUCAGACGUUAAUAUCUUGUGUUCACGGAGAAGCUGAGGACUCGUCUGUCUAAAAUCUCCAUGUAACAGCCAGUCUGACUGUGUUUAAUACUACAACUACCUUCCUCACUUUGCUCUCUCAUGUAAACAGGGUUACAUUGUAUGAUAUUGUUUACAUUUGUAUGUUGAGACUCAGCAAACUAUUCUCCGAUGAGCAUGAUUCCCAUUCCUGCAGCACUCAGUGAUCAGACUGAAGACAGCGACAUGGUUAGAUUUAAAAGUCCACUCUGCAAACACAAUUUGCUUAAUUCCCAUCAACCAGUAGUGGGAGCCUCAGUACCCAACAAGGAUUAAAUAUUUAUACAACAUUUGUAAAUGUACAAUUACUAAUAUUUUCCGUCCACUUUCACAGUACUCUCUUACUGAAAGCUAAAGGGGAGCAUUUAAACUUUUCUUGAAAUAUGCCUUUUCCUGUUCUUUUUGAUGGCAAGAUGAUUUUUUCCGCUACUGAUCUUCUCAUCUCACUCACAGAGAGUGUAAUUUCCCCCAAAAUAUUGAACUGUCCCUUUAAUGAUUUUUUACGUUAUCCACUGGAAUCAAACCACCCCGCUGAUAGGGUGUCUGUACCACAGAACUUCAGCAGCCGGAAGGCCCACAGGAUGGUACAUGGUACAUAACUAUACAGCACCCGAGCCCAUUGCUCACAUUUCACAGCUUUACUGAAUAAAUGUUAUUUAUUUUAUAUAUUAUGUAUAAGAGAUUCAUUUAUUUGAUGUGAUUUUAUUGAUUGGUUAAAAAACAAUAAAUGGA